UCCCCCCUCCCCGGCCAAUGGCCGGGGCUCGCCCAUCGCGCGCCAGUAUCUCGCGUUUCCAUUGGGCGCGGCGCCGAGGGAGGCGGGUCCGAGCGCUCUUUCGCAUUUGGCGCGAAAGGUUGCGCGCAUGCGCCGCGACCGGGAGUGCGAGGAUGGAGGUGCCAGACUCGGCGGUUCUGACCCCGCAGCAGAAGGAGCAGCUGAAAGAAAAACUGGCCGUAUUGAAAAGAGAAUACAACAAAACAUUCCACAGGUUACAGCGUGCUGAGAAAGCUGCAAAGGUUAAAAAUCACAUCAAAAAAACGAUUGCACAGCAAAACCUGCUGCUUGGACAGGAGGAAGCCGUGAAGAACCAUGCAGGAGGCCUCAGUCAACUAUCUCCAGAGCCCCCAGAGGAGGGUCAGGUGGGAAUCUUCUGCCCAGGCAGCACCACAGAGACCACACCUGUCCUCUUUAAGUCCGGGGCUUUUGAAGGCAGCUUGCCAGAAACAUCAUGCUCCAGAAGGAUCCAUCAGUUGGGCCGAAGGGUGCUCUUUAAUCCGACGGAGCCUCCUUUGGGGAGGAACUGCAGCCUGCAGUCGCCCAGUGGAGCCACCGGACGGCAGAGAGAGAUGCUCUCUUUGGCAAAGAGGGGAGAAAUGGCCUGGGAGGUGCAUGAGGGAGAGCAUCAGAGGGCCACAAACCAAGGCUCAGAGUCCCCCGGCUUUAAGAGAAGCAGCAGCCUCUUGGAUGCUGGCCAGUCCUCCCUGCAGGCUAGCCAAGGAGGAAGUGGCAAUGUUUCUCCUAAAAUGUCGGAUCCAGACAAUGAAGAAUGGAUGCAAACUGAUGUUCCUGGGGUAACGCAAGCACUUCCUUGUUUCCUGCCGCACCUGAGUCCAGGGUCUUUACUUGACCCGCUGAGUGAAGAGAGAGUUUCUGGUCUGGAGGACUCGGCUGCCGUGAGCGUGUCAUUAUGUGCCAGUGUGCGGAACGGGGAGAAAGAAGAGGAGCAGCCGGGAUGGGGGGACAAGGAAGAUCCAGAAAGAUUGGCAGACCCAGCGAUGACCCCUGACGCUGCUCAAGGGGACAGGACUGUUCCUGACCAGCAUAGAGAGGACGUGGACAAUGGAGACCCCCCCAGCAAGAAGACAAGUGGAGAGGACGAAGGGCACAGCCUUGAAGUGGGGCCACCCUCCCUGGGAGAGCUCAGCCCCAGUAAGGAGGUGCUGAGCUCUUGCACGAUGGUUGAGGGACUCAUGUUUCCCCUUGAGUAUUACGUGCGGAUGACCCGCCGACUCUCCAGGCAUCAGGGGGAGGUGAACCUGGAGGUGGUCAUGCAGAGCCAGCUGGGCAAGGGCAGGAAGGGCCGGAGGGUGGCCCCCAAAGAGCGGGCGGCGAAUUGGGCCCAGCCCUCCCAGGAGCUCCUCGAAAGUGACAGUCGACUGAGCUCAACUCCCAGGCUGCCCGGGGAGGCUUCUGGAUCCCCACCCCUCUCUGCAAAGAGUGCCGGGUCCAGCCGAGGCUGCAGCCAGGGCAGGAGAAGCCUGAGGCUGAGAAGGAGGACCCAGCAGAGGACUUCCUCCAGCACAGAUGGAGGACUCAGCCCGCCAGUGGGCUCCCCGGGUCCGGCUGCUCCUGGCCUCUGGAGGGGGCUGAAUUCUGCCGCUGCAGCUUUGCCUCUCGCCCCCCUGGGUGGGGAGGGGUCCCGCCUCGGCUGGCUGCCUCCCGGGCUGUCGCACCAAGACUUCCACCUGCCUGAUGAGGAUUUUGGCCACCUGAAGUCCAAGAAGCUCAACGUCCGUCCCGAGAAGCUGUUGGGGGUCUGGGAUGCUGGCGGAUCCAGCGAGGGUCCCCCGAGCCUCUCUGGGGAGGCUCCUCUGGAGGAAGGAGCAGCAUCGGGACAAAUCCUCCUGUCCGGAACGAGGAGGACCCCCCCGACUCCUUCUUCCCGUGCGCUGCUCCUCUCCCCGGCCUUGGACGGCGGACAGAGCCUUUUGCAAACCCCCAAUUUUCCCCUGGUGGGGGCCACCCCGGCUCCCCUGGUCUCCCCACAUCCCCCGGGGGCCUCUCCUUCGCAAGCAGCUGCGGCACGGUCUGCUAACCCGGAGAGGGGCAGGGGGCAGCCUCGCUCGCCGGGCCCAGCUGGAAUCAGCAGGAGAGCUGGGGAAGAAGCUGCCAGCCCCCCUGAGAAGCUGCUUGAGCAUGACCAGGAGCCCCCCAGGCAGAGCUGCCCAGCAGAGGAGCUCCAGGGGGAAGCACCAGCAGGCACGCCGAGGGAAGGCAACUUGAAAAUGACUUCAAAACUGAAGAAUGCCUCCGGCUCCUGCUUGGUGGACAUGAGCGCUGUGUGGUGGGAAGCUGCUGACCGCGCAGAAUUGUGUGUUGUGACAGCCGAGGAAACGUCCAUCUCUCUCUGGAGGCCUCUCGAUCUUGGCCAGUGGGGGACGGUGCACACCUGGCACUUUACAAAGUUUCCAGUGAUCCAAAUCGUCGCCCUGUCCGGGGCUCACAGCGUGGUGGGUGCAGUGCUGGGACGUCUGGAGACAGCAGAGAUACGGCUUUUGUUCCAUUCUUCUGAAGGUAGCUGUGCUAAAGAAGAGCUGCUCAAAGCUGGAAACAUAAACGCCGUCCUUGGUCUGACCGAUAGGAAGCUGGUCAGCAGCUGCUGGUCACUGCGAGGCCAAGAAGUGGAAGUCUUUUCUUUCUCUGAGGUGGGAAGGAGCCACAAGAGGUGGGCUUUGAUGCCCCCCGAAGAGACGGUCUUGGCUUUUGCUGACGUGGCUGGGCUGCAGGAGGCUCUCCUUGGAAUGACAGCCAUGAACUGCAUCGUCCUCUGGAAUCUGGGAACGGGGCAGUUGCUGAAGAAGAUCCCGGUGGGGUGGUCCUUCCCCGCAUCCGUCUGCCACAAGGCCUACUCCGAUGCGGGCCUGCUCUUCCUGGUCUUCAGCCAUCCCCAUGCCGAAGACAGCCAGCUGCCCGGGAACCCCGCUUUCCAGAUCGUGGCGCUCAAUCCCAAGACCGCCAGAAGCUCUGGAGUGAUGCUCUUGGCCCUGCCCCCCAGCAUCCAAGGAAGGUACUUGGAGCGCGAUGUGAGGGGCGCUUCGGCAGCAGCUGUCCUGGCUUCUGGAACCAUUGCGGUGUGGGAUUUGUUUCUGGGGCAGUGCACUGCGUUGCUGCCCCCCAACUCUGGAGGCAGCUGGUCCCUGGCCAGGUGGUCAGUUACGGACACUUGCCUGCUGGCCGGGCAAGAAGAUGGCUCGGUUUACCUCUACGAGUACACAGGGGCCUGCAGACCGGCUUCCUGCCUUCCAAGAACUCUGGAGCCGAAUCCCUCGGGGGGCAGCUCAGAGACGGCUUUGUGAAGGGCCACCAAGGAGGUCCAGUUUUGUCAAGGGAACUCAGAAAUAUCCAUUAUCACAAUCCACUUGGAAUACUUCUUCUGCAAGCUCGCCAGAAUAGGAGCUGCUGGUUGGCUAAUGUUUCGCCUCUUUUUGAAGUAAUUGUCCUGUACCUGUUAAAUGAAACUGAUAAAGCAA